GACCGCGUGCCCGUGUCCGUGCUCACGGGCUUCCUCGGGAGCGGGAAGACGACGCUGCUGAACCACAUCCUGACGCAGACGCACGGGAAGAAGAUCGCCGUCAUCGAGAACGAGUUCGGCGCCGUGGGCAUCGACGACGAGCUCCUCAAGGCGAACACGAAGAUGCAGUCCGAGGACGAGAUCAUCGAGAUGAUGAACGGCUGCAUCUGCUGCACCGUGCGCCAGGACCUCGUCGUCGUCCUCCAAAAGCUCGCGAAGCGCGUCGCGGCGGGCGAGCUCGCGCUCGACGGCAUCGUCAUCGAGACGACGGGCAUGGCGGACCCGGCGCCCGUGGCCCAGACCUUCUUCGUCGAGGAGAGCGUCCAGAAGUUCGCGCGCCUCGACGGCAUCAUCACGCUCGUCGACGCGAAGCACGUCGAGCAGCACCUCGACGAGGAGAAGCCCGAGGGCGCGGAGAACGAGGCCGUGGAGCAGGUCGCCUUCGCGGACCGCCUCAUCGUCAACAAGGUCGACCUCGUCACGGACGACGACCUCGCGCGCGUCGAGCAGCGGCUCCGGGGCAUCAACGCGUUCGCGCCGAUCGUCCGGUCCGAGCGGUCGCGCGUCUCCGUCGACCAGGUGCUCGGCAUCGGCGCCUUCGACCUGACGAAGACGCUGGAGAUGGACCCGGCGUUCCUCGACACGGACGCGGAGCACGAGCACGACGACUCCGUGUCGAGCGUGUCCAUCACGACGCCCGGCGACGUCCACAUGCUCCUCGUGAACGACUGGAUCUCCGACGUGCUCCAGAACAAGGGCGCGGACAUCUACCGCAUGAAGGGCGUGCUCUCCAUCGCCGGCGCGCCGGAGAAGUUCGUCUACCAGGCCGUGCACAUGAUCUUCGACGGCGAGUUCGAGGGCGCGUGGGCGCCCGGCGAGGCCCGGACGAACAAGCUCGUCUUCAUCGGGAAGCGCCUCGACAAGGCAGCGCUCGAGGCGGCCUUCGCGGGCUGCCUC